UGGAAAACACGUAUUCUGAGGUUGUUACACAGAGCCAAGAGCCCCUGACUAGAGAGCAGAAUUAUAAUGUGAGCCAUCUAGUUUGUGGACUUCCUAAAAAAGGGAGGACCAGGUGGAUGGGAGUUGGAGCUCAGAGGGUGUCUACACAAUUCCAGCCUCCGCCGAUUUCCACACCCUCGACUAUGCCAUCGGGGCCCUCUUACAUGCCGCAGGAGGAUUGCACUCAGCAGGCGAUGCAGCUUGUUUCCUCUGUGAUGAGUAUGUUAGAUGGUCAGAUUCCCGAGGAGAUGUGGGAGGAUAUUCAAGAGGAGCUUAUGCGAGUGAUCCAGCCUACUGCUACUUUUGCGAUGGUUUCUAGGCAAAUAAUGAAAUCUUGUAGAAGGCGGGUUCCUACUCGGGUGCAAAGCCAGAUUAUGAACUUCUUGGCCACUCAAAAGGCAUUUACUGGUAGUGGAGAGAGUAGCAGACAGAUUGGAGAUGAUACUAUUGGGAGCACGAGUCGUAGGGAUGGAUCCGCCAGUGGCAACGCGGACGAUGACAUGGAUAGGGCGGAUGACCUAUCUUAGUGAGUUAUAUCCUAAACUCGUGUUUGUAUAUUGUGGACAUCUUUAUAGUUGAGAUUAUGAUACUCGUGUUUGUAUAUUGUGGACAUCUUUAUAGUUGAGAUUAUGAUACUCGUGUUUGUAUAUUGUGGAUUUAGAACUUAUGAUAUGUGUGUAUUGUUUGUUGUGAAAAUUAUUAUUGUGGAUUUGGA